AUGUUCCCACUCGUUCUCCUAACCUCUCUUCUCGCCACGGCCGUCGCAGCUGAUGACCACCCAGCUGGGCACGCCGACGGAGCCAAGCUGGCCGCAACAACUUCUUCCCAGUGGACGACCAUCUACUUGACAGAUGGCGUCACGGCAACCAUGGUCUUGCCAAUUCCUGCCUCCACUGCUGCUGAAAUCCGCACGGCAACCUCAACAGUCUCCUCCGCGCCCCCGCCCCCUCCGCCGCCCCCGCCAGGGGUCACUCCUCCUAUCGUGAGCCCUCCGCCACUGGUCAGCCCUACCUUGGCGAGGCCGACCAUCGUCACCGCUGUGCCACCCACGGUCGUCACUGCGGCGGCUGGGCAGGUGGUCUGCGACGGGUCGGUGAUGGGCAUGGUUGUCGCCUGUGGGCUGGGCUUGCUGGCUCUGUGA